GCCUGCAUUGUUGACAAUAUGAACUAUUUCCAAAUUAGUGCAAUACACAGCGAGCUUGAUAAGUAGCCGCCAACCUAGAAAUAAGCUCAUGGAAAUUAUUUACGUACCACAGUCUGUAUUUUAAUCAAGACGAUAAAACAACUAAGCCCGAUUUUUUUUUCUCUUCUGGACAUUUAAAUGCUGCAACUAUCAGCUCCAGGUUUACGGACGCUCAACGUUAGGCUAGUUAGGCUAAUGCUAGCAAACUGCUUAGCAAGUUAGGCUAAAGGUUCUUGAAUUAAACUGUAUCUAGAUCAAGUUUACAACUUGUCGCUCGGUCGUAAGCAAGCAGUCAGUUCCCGGUACAGUGUUAAUGUUAGCAUAACGUCACGGUAAUAACUGUUCACAGCGUUGUUGUGGUCUGUAGGUGAUCGAAUCGGUUGUCCACGACACUCUGUAACUUAACACAAGUUUUAUUUCCUCGUCCGUGUUGGAUUUCUGUCGGUCAGUAAGAGUUUCUCAGCACUUCACCAAACGUAGUUAGCAGUGUUAGUACGGUCCACUUAGCAAAUCUAUUGGGUAAGUUAGUCUAAUAACGUUACCGUUGUUCUGGCUAGGCCUACCCAAAUUAACUUAACGUUAGUAGUCAUUUUUAAUACAGCUCAGAAUACAAAUUCAUUCACAGCUGGACGGGCGUACGUUGUGGCUUUCUGUGUCCGGGGUUAAUUCUCUGUGGCGCGUAGCCUGUCAUCAUGAGCUAAAGUUGACGACAAAAUAACUGAGCUACUUUAGCUACCCUGCUAGCUCUAGCUCCAGCUCCAUCUAGUAGCUAAGCUAGAUGUCAGUGAGAUUGACUUGCAUACAGCUUUGCAGGCUAGUUAGGUUUCCGUCUUAGUCCUGUCUGUGUUGAACUGUGUUUUACACUGAUGCACAAUGUCCUUUAGUUCGUAAGAAGUCCAGUACAUUUACGUUAGAUUGUCCGCUGCAGAGUCUGGUUAACUACGCAGUUAUUUCAUGAGAUUGAGAAGGAAAGUGGGGAACAGCCAUGAUGAGCGAGUUGAUGACACUGAUAGCCCUGUCUUUGUGUGGUGGUGGAAGAGGAAGAUGACAGUGUAGUGUAGAGGGGGAAUGAGCUCAUUCGGAGUCGACCAGAAGAAACUGCAACUCGAAGGACUGCUAGAAAAUGCCCAGAAGAAAACAGUCAAAUCCGCAGCCUGUGAAAUUGGGAUCUGAAGAUGGUGUUGGUGGGGUUAACCCAGAGAGCCUGGUCCUGGAGAGUGAUUUUCUCCUUGGACAAGACUUGGCGUUUGGAGAGAAUGACUACAAGAUCAUAGGAUUUGAGAGAGACUCUGUGACUGCUGACAUGGGAAUUCCAGCGUAUGCCUUCAGUGAUGAAGACUGCUCCAGUUACAACCGCCUCAGCAUGGAAAGUGACUUUGAGGACCCACGAGACACUGAGAGUGAACGGGAGGAGAUGAGCGGGGAUGCUGGCUUCACAGCCUACCUCUCCUGCAGGAGAUGUGGCCAGCUUCUUGGGGACCCUCUUAGUGGAGCUUUGGACAUAGCAGGGCUCUACUGCCUCCGAUGUGGAGGUGAAGAGAGGGGCACAGAACAGGAGGUUAGGCGGAGAGAGGAGGUUCUGCCUGCGGAGGGCUCCAAAGAGAAAGGGCACAAAGGGAGGUCUACGGCAAAUGGCACCUACAAAACCUACUCCUGCAAACUGUGCAGCUUUACCUCACGCUACUCCAACCACCUGAAGCGGCACAUGAAAACGCACAAUGGUGAAAAGCCUUACAAGUGCCAGCACUGUGCAUAUGCCUCAGCUCAACUGGUUAACCUACAGAGACAUGUGCGUACACACACUGGGGAGAAGCCUUACAAGUGUGACUAUUGUACAUUUGCCUGUAACUCCCUUGGCAACCUUAAGAGGCACCAGCGUAUGCAUACUCAAGAGAAGUCCAACAAGUGUAGCCAGUGUGAUUUCUGCGCAAGCAGUAGCCAGACCCUAAAGAGACACAUGAUGAGCCACAAGACAGAUGCGUCAACACCCACAGUGGAAGAGGCUGUGGUGUCUGAUCUGACUCUGCACAUUAGUGGUGAUCCAGACUUCCUGCAUAGCUAUGGCAGCCUGCAUGCCGAACGUCAUGCCCCCAGCCUGCUGGACACAGAGGAGCUAGGCCAGGAACCAGAUCCUGGGCUGCCCGUGCUGCUUUUUCCCUUCACCUGCCGCGUGUGUGGCUCAGUGUUGGAGGAUGAGGAGGGCGCGGCCACGCAGAUCUGUGGCAAGUGUGCCCUGGACAUGCUGGCUAAGGGCUCCCCCACCAGCCCGGACAAAGGAGACAAGCUGUACUCCUGCUCUGCUUGCAGCUUCAUCACACAGUACCCCAACCAUCUAGCCCGUCACAUGAAGACUCACAGCGGAGAGAAGCCCUACAAGUGCCCACAGUGCAAUUAUGCAUCUGCCCACUUUGACAACCUGAAGCGGCACCAUCGUGUGCACACAGGCGAGAAGCCCUAUAAGUGCCACCUAUGUGACUACGCCUGCGGAAACCUGGCCAACCUCAAACGGCAUGAGCGCAUCCACUCAGGUGCCAAGCCCUUCCAGUGUGGCGAGUGCAACUACAGCUGUAACCAGAGCAUGAACCUGAAGCGCCACAUGCUGCGCCACACUGGCGAGAAGCCUUUCAAGUGCCAGGAGUGUGCCUAUACCACCGGACACUGGGACAACUACAAGCGCCACCAAAAAAAGCACGGCCACUCCACUGAAGGGUGGAUAAAAAUGCCAUUACCAGAGAAGGAAGAGGAAGAGGAGGAGGGGGAGAUGUAGCAGAAUAAGGAAAUGUGGAUAAAGUCAGUUCCCCUUUUUAGGAGCUCUUAUCUCCUUCUCUUAAAGUCUAACUGAUGUUGCCUUAAUUUUUUCACAUUACAAAGGUGCAAGCUACACAUGAUGAGUGCAGUUUUACAUUUGUGCCUUGUAUAGGAUUCUGGAAAAUAUCCCUAUCAGUUAACUAUUAUAGGUCUUGCACAACCAGCAGUGUCAGCAAACGUGUCUGGAGUUUGGUUGUAGACAAGCUUUGAAAGGGAUUCAAAAAGACAAUACGGCAAAUAAAUUGCAAGAGACAGGCAAGAAAAGCACAGCUAGCUUGAAUUAUGUGACUUUUGUACAACCCCCUGCAUGGUUUGAGCUAGACUGCAUCUGGUGUACAGACCGUUUAGAUCAAAUUUAAUACACAUACAAAUUAGAUUUAAAGAAUCUGAGGAUUGUUUAAUCUGCCUGCCAUUAUAAGAUCAAUUUGAUGAAACAGACUUGAAGACCUCUGUCCUUAUAAAUUCUCUGUGAAUUACUGAAUGAAAGAGUAUUGCAAUAAAUCGAAUGACUCACCCUUUUCCAGGUUGAUACCACAGCUAUUUGUUUGUUUGUUUGUUUUUUCCUCUGUAGUGGAUUUGAUUACACUGAAAACCUCUGGUGGCUGCUAAAUUAUGUAGGAUGCACAAUGACGGUAAUGUCUAGGUGCCUUGUUUGGGAGGUGACACACACCAUUCCCUGAUUUUACUGUAUCGGGUGCCACUGCAACAAUGCUGCACUGAUGUUAGGGGGAGGGGGGUUCCUCAGCCCCCAGCACACGCCUCGUUUUUUCCAGGGCAUUAGAGGGACAUGUAGUUCUUUCUGUAUGUGUUUUUUUUUUUGUGAGUGAUUUUCAAAUCAUGUUUCAUGUUCAUUUAGUUGGCGUGAAACCUACUGUGAAAUGAUGUCCAUGAAAAGUGGAGGGGCUGUAUAUUUUUUGUUUUGUUUGGGGAAGAAAUCUGUUUUUUGUCUUUUUUUUUAUUCUGGAGUGUGCAGAUCUGCAAAUUGAGAGAAAAUAAAAGGGACCACUUUUUUGUUUUCAUUACUUUAUUGAUGCAGUCACAGAUGUUACAUUUCGAAAACGUAUCUGUGAUUGUAGGUUUAGAUGGUUAUCAGUCUCUGCUUGUUGUGCAUUGUAUUUUUGUUACACAAAAGGGCAUAGCAUUUAUAAACUGGCCAUGAAGAUCAUUAAAAAAAAAGUCAUUCAAUGAUAUCAGGGACUACGUCAAGACAUUUUAUGCAUAAUAAUGAACAUGUGAUGUUUGGUUUGCUAUAUAUUGUUCAAAAUGAUUAUUUAUGUACUGUAUAUUAUUUUUGUGGUUUGCCUUUGUUUUGUUGGUCUGAGGACUAGUCAAGUGACCUUUGGCUUUAUAAUAAAACACGUUUUUAAUUUUUUACUA